UCGGUUAAAAAGGCAGUAUACUAUAACCGAAAGGAAAUGAUUAAAGAAAGCAAAUGAAUGAAGAAAGGGAGCAAACCGGUCUCACCAUUUUUAACGGAGUUAGUAGUAAUGAUCGAAGAGUGAAGGAACCUUGGUCGGUUGAGGAAGACGGAGUGUUGAAGGAACUGGUUAAUAAGUUUGGUGCGAGGAAUUGGAGUAUGAUUGCACAAGGAAUUCCAGGACGUUCUGGAAAAUCGUGCAGACUUAGGUGGUGUAAUCAGCUUGAUCCUGCUCUUACACGCAAGCCUUUUACUGAUGAAGAAGACCUCAUUAUAAUUAAUGCCCAUGCAGUCCAUGGAAAUAAAUGGGCCUCAAUUGCAAAGUUGCUUCCUGGUAGAACAGACAAUGCAAUUAAGAACCACUGGAACUCUACACUAAGGCGCCGAUUCGCAGUGCUACGGAUGGUAAAACCAUUACGCAGCAUUGACUAUGCCAAGGCAUUGUUUGAAGAAACUAAGUCACGUGGAGAUCUUAACCAAAUUAAGCCCCUGGAAAUGCUGGAAGUUAGUCGCACAGAGUGCAUGUCCAGCCAGUCUGAAGACAAAUCUCAAACAUACGAGAUGAAUGGUAUUCCUGAGAAAACUCCACACUUCGUUUCUGAAAGAAGUCCUACAUCUAUGGGAAACGGUGAUCCAUCUGCUUCUCGUCCAACUGAGAAAAUUGGCGGAUUUAAUGUUUAUAGCCCUUCUGCAACUUCAAGCAUAGUGCCAAUGCACCGGCCUCUAAUCCACGCAUUCUCGCCAGACUUUGAUAUAUGCAAACUUCUUGAAGGUGUAUCUGGUGAAACCAUAGUUCCUCAGAGGUGCGGCCAUGGUUGCUGUGCAGCUACUACCAAGAGCUCCUCCAAGAGUUCAUUGUUGGGUCCCGAAUUUGUUGAUUAUGAGGAACAUCCUCCCCUCCUCGGCCAUGAGUUGGCUUAUAUGGCCACGGAUCUGAACAACAUUGCUUGGAUUAGAAGUGGACUAGAGAAAGCUGGCAAAUUAUCCGGCCUAACCACAAGCCAAAGAAAUUCUCAAUGUAGUUCUGCUCAAGUCGGUGUUGGUUAACAGAACACGAAAAAGGAUCACUCUUUUUGAGCAGACAGAGCCCGUCGACGGACAUGAUGAUCGAUGUAUAUUACCAGCUGAAGUUGAAGGCUCUAGCUGAAACUUGUAGGGUUUUUCUGUUUCUUCUUUGUGGCGGUUUUUUUUAUGACAGAAAUGGUAUAAGAAUGCGUUUAAAACUAACUAGGGCAGAAGAAAAAAAAAACAUUUUCUUCUUGAAAAUUGCAGCUCGGGAAGUUUCUGAUUUUGUAAAGUUGGCAAUGAAAUGGUCGUGGUAGAAUGUUUUGGUCAA